AUGGUUAACCCAGAAUCCCCACGCGACUUUGAUGGCCAGAAAUUCGCUCUAGGUCUAGAGGACAGCCGUAAUCCUUAUGACAACGGCGGUUUCAGAUAUGAGUUCUUCUUUCUCCCCGGCGCUACCGCUGAGGAAUGCAUUACACAUUAUCGUGGCGAGUUGGCUGCUCGAGGUACCAUUUGGCACCAGGUCCGCAAAGUGGCGCAAGCCUUGAAGGAGAAGGACGCCGCAAGCGAAGAAGCAGUUGAUGAUUCAGCUGAAGCGCGACCUCCUGGCGAUGAUGAUGAACCCCAUUUCGGUGUCACAAGUGAACAAGGACUUCCUGGCUUCCCUUGGGUGAAAGAGGCUAAAGACUGGUAUUUUACGAACUACCGCAGCUGGCUCUUGAUGUAUUUGGAUGCAGACAUCCCCCGGUGGGAUUCCGAUGAAGACCACAAUGUCUGCGUCGUCGAAUUUGACCCCAUGCCCAUCGAAUGGGAGGAAGGCGAAAAGGCCAGAUGGGAUCCGAUGGGCCACCCUAUUCGUUUAAGGUAUAAGAAGGCCAGGAGCAUGGUAGAUAAUGAGGAAGCGCUUACAUCGUGGAUGAGUAACAGGACUCAUAGUCGUUGGGCGCGAGAGGCAUGUGAGGCUACAGACAUUGCUGAAGACCUUGGCUGGGAGGCUUGGUGA